CGAGUUGUCAGCCCCGAGCGCCUGAAGGCAAACGGCACAGCGGGGUGCGCUCUGGAUCUGGACCGCCACUUGCAUCGGCAUCUUCGUCGAUAAAUGCUGCUGGUGCUGGGCUAUUCCCAAGGCCCUUUGAGACUCUCGCGAUGCUCGUUCCAUAAGCGCUGAUCCUACGACUCACUGCUCUCUUGAUUGCGCCAGAGCGCUCCUUCCUCGACCGAAUAGGGGUUCUAUCCUUUCCGAGACAUGCGUUGGUCCAGUGAAGGUCUUAACAGUCCAUCCAUGGCCUCCGCCCUGGGCUCCGCUGCCCACGCGACCCCGACGACGCAAGUAACCAGUGCAGCGUAUGUUGCAGACAAGAAACGAAAGAAUGGUUCGCAGGAAGAGGCGAGGGCUCCCGCUCAGAAGCGCUUGAAGCCAAAACCUAUGGGACGUCCUCGGAAUGGCUGGACACCCACCAGAAAGCGCAAGCUGGUGCGAUUGUAUUUGAUGACGGACCUCAAUGUCGGCGAGAUAGCGGAAGUCUUGCGUGGCAAGCAUUUCCAACCAUGCAAACGAGAUAUCCAGACGCAACUUGGCAUUUUGCUUCAAUCCAGACCCAAUCGACUAAGAGCGAAAGGUCCUAUAACCCGAGCGAGGCUUCAACUUUUGAGGGAAUGUCGCGAUCUGAGAUCCGCAGAACGAAUGAGAAAGUCCAACCGCAUUGCGACAUCCGAAAUCACAUCCAGCGAAAGAUACCCAUCAGAAAGCUCCGAGCUACUUUCUGCGUCCACCAUCGAACCUGCGGGCAACUCCUGGCUCGAUUUCGACCUCGACGAUGUCUCUACUGCCUCCCAAAGUCCGUACCUACAGAGUGGAUCGAGCCCCUUCGACCACUCGUCGAAUAUCAACCACUUUGAGCCCAUUGAUGCCCAGCCGCCGUUGGGACCUUGGAAAACCGAGAAGGCCGAGUCAACGCUGGGACUCUAUGAAAUAGAAAGUGCGCACCAGAAUUUGGGAGAGUAUGAGCCCAUUCCUAUACCAACAGAACUGAGUUCGGACAAUUGGAUAAAUAGCAGUUUCAACCUUGAGUCGCCCUUGGGAAAGUUUAAAUCCGGUUACAAUGAUGUUCAGUCAACGACGGAAGACCGUGACAAAACACCUUCGCCCACCGCUGCCCAGCUUAUCGAUUCCAUGUCAGAAAAAUGUGAGAGGACCUUGUCGAUGCCUGAAGAGACUACUACUCCCACCGUAAUCAAACCAGAUAAACACGACACUCGAAGUGUAUUCUCAAUAGGCAAUUCUAGCAGGUCGAUCAUGAGCCUCAGAAGUCUCAAAAAACGCCUGCAAUCGAAAUAUUCAACAUCAUUCCUGGGAGAUAUUAAGUCUCUUAUGGAGCGUCUUACUAUUUCUGAAUCUUCAGAAGUGUCGAGCACAAUGACCGGCAGGACUUCCUCCAGCAAAACUGCAACUAUCUCACGCAUUUCAGUGCCGACAAAGAUGGAACACCCUGUCAUAUUACCCGGCAGCUUUCCGCAAUACUGCUGGGAGCAUAUCAACCACAACGAAUUGCGGAAAUGUGACGAUGUUGAGUCUCCGUGCGAUUGUGGCCCUAUCUUUCAACAUAUUGGGCACGAAACCCAUCGUUCUAUUCGUUCGGAUGUCCUGUUCAGGAUCAGAGCUUGCGGAGUGCGUCCAGACGACCUUGAUGUUGUGGACGCUUUCAAAAAUUCGGUUCUUCACAUAGCCGCAGCACUCGAGGCACCGCCGAGCUACCUAUUACACCUCAUUGAUAUGGAUGCCGACGUUCACGCGUUGAACAAUGCCAAGCAAACUUUUCUGCACUUGGUGCAUAUAUCAAGUGUCGAACAAAUUCUUGAUUUUCAAAGUUUAAUUGGAAGUCUCGUUGAUCGCCAAUUCGACUUCCGGUGCCAAGACUACAAUGGUCAAACAGCCAUACACGCCCUUACAGAACCUCCAAUUUCGCCUGACGUAUUGAACGAGAUUGUGCAGACCCUUGAAUUUUGCAGAGUCGAUCUUCCAACCACUCGAGACAACCUUGGCUUCCGCAUCCAAGACCAGCUUCAGGAACUGGAGUCUAAACUAACGUUGCCUACAAUUAAGGAUUCCCAGUUCUCUGUUGAUGGAGACCUGUUCCUUGAGCAACGGGAUCCCAGCAGCGAUGGGCAGUUCGAAGAAUACAGUUUUGUCAAUAGAAAUUUUCAGAAUUUCAAGAAGCACGACUGGGUCGAGAAUUUUGAGGAUUUGCAACAGUACGAGCUACACGCAGACUUACUACGCUCAAUCGUCUGCUCCGGAGAAGACCCCAAAUUCGAAGAUGCAGAUGGUCGUAAUGGUCUCCAUUGUCUGGCAGUAGUGCGUUUGGACUUACCGAUCCCCGGCAAGCAGUCUGAUCAAAAGGCGGGUUCUUCUCUCGAAUUUUCGACAACGAGUCGCGAGCGGUACUUGGAGCAGCUUUUACUUGCUGGCGUGGAUCCAAAUAACUAUGAUAAGCAAGGAAUAACGCCAUUCAUGGCAUUCGUCAUGCACCGCCGCGAAGGCGAGGACGACGAUAUGACGACGAAGAUUUAUCAACGACUCUUUGAUGCUGGAACUGACCUUGACCGGCGCAAUCGACAUGGCGAGACAUCUCUGCAUAUUGCUGUCAGAUUGGGAAAUCGACCUGCUACAAAUUUUCUACUCUCUCAUGGAGCGAACGUCCACGCUCGCACAAGCACUGGCACUGGCAUUAUGACCCUUGGACUGAAGCAUAGUAGUAGCAGUAAAGCUGCUAAAGAUGAGAUAUUGUACGCUCAAAUACAGCUAUGUACUUCCCUCAUUGGAGACCGAGGCGCCGUAUCUGCUCCAACGAUACUUCACGAAUGGGGUUCUCCAUCAUUCCGCAUUGCUCCAGAUCGAACAUCUCCAGGCCACGAGACCACUUCUCCGCGAAAGAACAAUUUACGAAUUUCAUACUUUAAAUAGACAUCUUGGUUAGCGAAUUGAUAUGGGACGGGUCUCGGGGAACUGAUUUAUGGGGAAACUUGGAACGGAGUCGGGAUCCGGUGGAGGUGGCGAAUCGGUGUCAGAACUUGACAAUUUGCUCGUUAUUUCAACUGUCUGGUGAGAUUGAGCGAGCCCGUUUUGAAAGUGGAAAAUAUUGGCUACAUUCAUUUGUUUUGGCAAGGCCGAGCGGAGUUGUAUGAAAGUACUUAGUAGGCCUAGGAACAAAGUAAUUUAGGUAUCACUGAUUUUCCAAUCGGCAUGUAAACUUUAUGCUUGACAGAUGCACUUGAG